CCGUUAAUUAACCUAACAAUAUUUAUUAUAUUAAUCAAUUAUAAAUACAACAUCCGCAUUAAAAAUUGAACCAAGACAGAUAUAAAAAAAAGCAGGUUUUUGCGAGAAAAAUGGUUAAAAGAAAAUCAAUCCCAAAAAAGGCACCACAAUCGCCAGGCAAGAGAAGAAAGACCCAAACCCAAAUGUAUCAAAUAGGCACUAAAAAUUUUAAAGUUAACUCGACCACCCUAAGGUCCAUAAAAAAGUUACAAACUACCACAACGUUGUGUAUUCCAAGACUGCCCUUUUCGAGGUUGAUUAGGGAGAUUAUAAUGGAUUUGUAUAGAAUCGAUCAUAGGAUAGAAAGACAAGCAUUGGUGGCCCUUCAGGAAGCCGCGGAGAUGUACUUGACUUACCUUUUCGAGGACGCUAAUCGCUGUGCACACCACGCCAGAAGAGUCACUCUCUUACCCAAAGACAUGCGUUUAGUGUUAGAAAUAAAAGGAUGCAGCGAUCCUGGCUACAAUUAUUAAUUGAUUUGACGACUGUGUAAGGAUUAUUGUAAAUUAUUUUUUGUUUUUACCAGUAGCUUAAUGUUUUAUAUAUUCUUUUUGAUUUUAUAAUAGUGUUCAACACUACAAAUUGUACCUCAUCAAUAUAAA